CGGAAGGGACGGCGGCCGGCUUUCCUCCACGAGCAACGGCGCCUCCUGCGGUUCAUAUUCGAGUCGGUUGGUGCGUAAGGGGCGCUGGAAGGGAUGCUUAGAAGCCAUUUUUCAAGGGCUCCUUACCGCCAAGUGAUAGCGGAUGCCCUUCUGCUUCUCUUUGGGCGAGUCCAGCGAGCCCAGCGAGGGCCGAUGCUCGGGUCUCAUAUCGAUGGAGUUGGGUCUGCCUGCCUGGCCCGGUCGCUGUCCCAGUCGCUGCCGAGCGAGGGGGCUCUUGUGGAGGCAGUAUCGAGACGAUCCGCGGCUCCUGCACAAGAUCUUCCGAGGAGUCGCUGUCAAGGAUCUCGAUCUCGGAGAGAGCCACCCGGUUGCUCAUAUGUGAAGAGGCGAGAGUGUCAGUUCGGACUCGAGACGCAGAUCAAGGCGGAAAAAGAAAACGCGAGGCGAUCCGAGGCAGCCGGCACCUCUGCGUUGGCCGCGGCCAUCCGCGAAGGCCGCCGACACCCCCAGCCCACGAUAAUCGAGAGCCAAGUGCGAAGCGGAUGCAUCUGGCCAAGGAUGCACCGACUUCUCGACGGGGAGAGCUGCAUCCAGCGCGGUGAUGAGCAGAGCGGAUGACCACUCUCCCGUGAGCACGACCUGCAGCAAAGGCAGAUGGGAGAUCUGUGGGCGAGAGCGCAUGACGACAGCGCAUGACGGCCAAACUCGAUGGACAGAGUCGCUGGUCCUGACGAGUCAUCUGCAGGCAGCAUCUGCGAGUGUCAUCUGCGAGUGUCAUCUGCGAGUGUCAUCUGCGAGUAUCAUCCUCCACGACGGCGAUUUACUCGACUGCGAUUUACUCGACUGCGGUCCCCUCCACCGGUCAUCCGACGCAGCCGGACGGCACACCGAGGCAAGCCCCGGCCCAGAACAGACCCGAACAGACCCGAACAGGACC